AUGACUCAUGAGAAAAUAAAACGGAAUGCAGCUGGACUGUUCAAGGCUGCUUUUAAUAAAUUUCAUUUUCUCAGUCAAAGAAACGAACGAAAAGCGCUUGUUAUGAAACUAAACAUAAAACAUAUAAAAAGCGACAUGAAAUGUGCUUUUUCUGUACAUUCAAAUGAGGCAUUCUCUCCAUAUUGUCAUAAAUUAAGAUCGCAUCGUAUAAGUAAAAGAGAUUUGCAAAUGAGCUCAAGACUUUUUCAAGAGGCUUAUUGA